AUGACUCUGAGCACAAAUGAAGCAUUUCAAUCCAUCGUCACGGACAACAAAGACUCUGCCAGUCCAGAGACGUACGGCCCUAUAGACACGUCUGACUUGGCUUCGGUCACUGUCGACAGCAUACAAGUUGCUUUGCUGCAAGGUGGACCUGUGACGCUCAUCUAUGGCAUCCUGAUCAGCAGCAUUGUAUUUGGUUGCAUUGCUCUUACCAUGGCCGAGCUUGCGUCCGUGUACCCCACAGCAGGCGGUCAAUAUCAUUUCGUGUCUGUUCUCGCUCCGGAAAAAGUUCGCAGAGGCAUGUCCUAUGCAUGCGGACUGUUGUCUAUCUUUGCUUGGAUAGCUAUCGGGGCAUCGGUUGGCAUCAUAAUCGCCCAGCAAAUCAUGACACUGGCGAUCGCCGUCUGGGGCCUUCUGUUCAACCUUUUUAUUCUGAAACGAGCUUUGUGGACUCAUGAUAUCGGCUUCACCGUCACGAUAGUGCUGUUCAUCGUGACCUUUAUUUUGACGCUCGUGCGCUCAGUCCCUAAAGCACCUAGCUCCUUCGUGUGGACGACUUUUAUCAACUAUACCGGUUGGCCGGACGCGAUCUGUUUCAUUACAGGUCUCUCAACAUCCUGCUACAUGUAUGCAGGACUCGAUGCCUCCAUGCACAUGGCCGAGGAGUGUACCACUGCAGCCCGAACUGUCCCGAAGGCCAUUAUAAGCCCUGUCAUGAUAGGCACCGUAUUUAUUCCCGUGGAGGUGCAGAUGGAAGGCCUCCAUUCUACCUCACUGGCGUUUGGUCUGACUGUUGCCGGUCUCUUCCUAGGAAUAUUCGUCAUCCAUGCUGUCAUUGAGACCACCUCACGCAUGACGUGGUCUUUCGCUCGAGACAAUGGCUUAUUCGCAUCUGAUUAUCUGUCCCAGAUCCACCCUCGCCUCCAGAUCCCCGUUAGGUCUCUAUUGAGUAGCUGGGUCCUUCUGGCGAUUUGCGGGUGCAUUUACGUGGCUUCCACUACAGCAUUCGAUGCCUUAAUCGGUUCCUCGGUUGUGCUACAGAUGAUGACGUUCAUCAUACCUACUGCCCCGCUACUCUAUCGUAGGCGUAGUGAGGAGUAUCUACCUUCGAAUCGCCCAUUCGCAGUCCCAAAGCCGAUCGGCUAUACCGCCAACAUCAUCGUCUGCUGCUUCGGUGUUGUCACGAUUAUCUUUUUCAACUUUCCUGCCUUCCUGCCCGCAACGGGCUCGAGCAUGAACUACACCUGCGCUAUACUUGGCAUUUUGCUGGUUCUUGGGCUGUUGAACUGGUUUGCACAUGCUCGCAGAUAUUACCAGGGCCCAAUCAUAGAGUAUAGCACGUAG